CCCUCCACUCCCACUGUCAGCUCUCGCUCCGUUCACUCCCUCGCAGUGAAUAUAAACUGGUCUGAGAGGCGUCUCCGUUCCAGUUCAGCCUGAACCGCAUCCGCCACCAUGGCUCUGACUGCAGAACUCUCCGCCAUCUGGAUCACGGCGCUGCUGGCCUGCCUCGGAGCCCAGCUGGGAGAAACCAAAGCAGCCUUCCUGUACGUCCCCUUCCCACCCGCUCUGCCCAUAACGGAGAACCUUGCUGCCAUUUGCCGAGACGGCGGCGGCCGGCCCAGGUACCCCAACAGCUUCUUCCCUCCGUCUGGCUACAGCCACGACCGGCGCCGCGGGCAGGCCAUCAACCGCAUGGAGUCCUGGUUCAGUCUGUGCUGCAGCGGACUGGUGGCGCAGCAGCCCAGCCAGAUCCUCUGCUGCGCCCAGCAGGCGUGGGCUCAGGCUCUGUCCCAGUUCUGCGUGGAGGAGUUCUCCACCAAGACGGUGGUGUACGAGUGCUGCGAGGACAAAGGGCCGGCGCGGUGGAUCUGCUUCAACAGCGAGCUGCCCAACCCCGACUACAGCCCCAAGCCGGGCUACACGGCCCCGGCCAUGCCGCAAGAACCCGGGUUCAGCUUCAACCCCAACGUCUGCUAGAGGCGGCGCCGGCUUACCGGAGGCGCCCCGCAGCAAACGUCCUAUCAACAGUUAACUCUUAUCCAUAUCUUGUUCAUGCUGCAGGCAGAAACACACUCUAUCGCGGUCAUCCUUUGAGGACAGUCCGGUUAAAGUCACUCUAUCAGUUUGUCACAAUAUCAGGGAAACAUUUGGAGCUGGAGCUGAAAAGCUUCCUUUGAUUCUCCUCCGUUCUGCACGACGUAAACUCAUCACUUCCAGUGGAGCCAAACAGCAUCGAAGCAGUUUGUCUCUGAAAAUGUGGAUUUUAAAUCACGAGUUUGUUUUUUUUGAGUCUAUGGCUGUAAAAUGAACUCAAAUGUGAUUAUUGAAAUGUUUUAAAUACAAAAAUGUAAUAAAAUUUUUAAGAAAACACUAAAAUUCUCGACAGUUUUGUUUUCAGUCGUCUUGCCUAAUUUCCCAACCUGGGAUGAAUAAAGUAUUGCUAUUCUAUUCUAUUGAUGUGAAAACACGACGGUGUUUCUCACCUGUUCAAUGUCAAGAAGAGAAACCAGGUACAUUUCCUGUUGUAAAGUGUGAUCUCCAAAAUAAAACUCGGUUGUGCCAUUAUUUUCAAAA